AUGUGCAGCAAUCUUACUAAACUUAAAGGACUUAAUCUUUCUCAGAAUCGGCUUCAUGGACAAAUUCCAUCUAGUUUAUUCAAUUGCAGGGAGCUCCAAUAUUUGUCAUUUUCAUUCAAUGGCUUUGAUGGAAACAUACCUAGAGAAAUUGGCAAACUGACUAUGCUCAAGGAGUUAUAUCUUGGUAAUAACAACUUGAAAGGUGUAAUUCCUUUGGAGAUGGGUAAUCUUCCACGUCUGGAAAUAUUGAGCUUUCAAAAUGGCUCUCUAACAGGCCCCAUUCCAUCUUUCAUCUUCAACAUUUCUUCUUUGAAAAAUAUUGAUUUCACAAAUAAUAGUCUGUCUAAAAGUUUGCCGAUAGAUAUGUGCAUCCAUCUUCCAAAACUUGAAGGACUCUAUCUUUCUCGGAAUCGGCUUCAUGGACAAAUUCCAUCCAGUUUAUACAAAUGUAGGGAGCUCCAAUAUUUGUCAUUUUCAGUCAAUGGCUUUGAUGGAAACAUACCUAGAGAAAUUGGCAAACUGACUAUGCUCAAGGAGUUAUAUCUUGGUAAUAACAACUUGAAAGGUAUGAUUUUACGUUCACAUCUGACCCAAGAGUGUAAUUCCUUUGGAGAUGGGUACUCUUCCAUGUCUGAAAAUAUUGAGCUUUCAAAAUGGCUCUCUAACAGGCCCCAUUCCAUCUUUCAUCUUCAACAUUUCAUAAAUAAUAGUCUGUCUGGAAGUUUGCCGGUAGAUAUGUUCAUCCAUCUUCCAAAACUUAAAGAACUCUAUCUUUCUCGGAAUCGGCUUCAUGGACAAAUUCCAUCUAGUUUAUACAAAUGCACGGAGCUCCAAUAUUUGUCAUUGUCAUUCAAUGACUUCAAUGGCAGCAUACCUAGAGAAAUUGGCAGCUUGACGAUGGUCAAUGAGUUAUAUCUUGGAAUGAACAACUUGGAAGGGUCCAUCCCAUCUUCAAUCUUCAAUAUUUCUUCUCUGAGAACAAUUGAUUUCUCAAACAAUCGCCUGUCUGGAAGUUUGCCUUUUGAUAUCUGCAACCAUCUUCCUAUACUUGGACGACUUAAUCUCUCUUGGAAUCAGCUUGAAGGGCAUAUUCCAUCUAAUUUAUACAAAUGCAAGGAGCUCCGAGAUUUAUCACUGUCAGAUAAUGGCUUUAAUGGCAGCAUACCGAGAGAAAUUGGCAACCUGACUAUGCUUAAGGAGUUAUAUCUUGGUAGAAACAACUUGAAAGGGUCCAUCCCAUUUACAAUCUUCAACAUAUCUUUGCUGAGAGUAAUUGAACUCUCAAACAAUAGUUUAUCUGGAAGUUUUUUGGCAAAUGUAGGGAUCUCCGAUAUCUAUCAUUAUCGUUCAAUGAUUUCAAUGGCAUCAUUCCUAGAGAAAUUGAGAAUAAUUGAUUUUUCAAACAAUCGUCUGUCUGGAAGUUUGCCUUUCGAUAUCUGCAACCAUCUUCCUAAACUUGGAAGACUUAAUCUCUCUUGGAAUCAGCUUGAAGGGCACAUUCCAUCUAAUUUAUACAAAUGCAAGGAGCUCCAAGAUUUAUCACUGUCAGAUAAUGGCUUUAAUGGCAGCAUACCGAGAGAAAUUGGCAACCUGACUAUGCUCAAGGAGUUAUAUCUUGGUAGAAACAACUUGAAAGGUAUAAUUCCAUCAGAGAUAGGUAAUCUUCAACAUUUGGAAGUAAUGAACUUAAUCAGUAGCUCUUUAACAGGGUCCAUUCCAUCUUCAAUCUUCAACAUUUCAUCUUUGAGAAUAAUUAAUUUCUCAAAUAAUACCCUGUCUGGAAGUUUGCCUGUAGACAUGUGCAACUAUCUUCCUAAACUUGGUGGACUCUAUCUCGAUUUGAAUCAGAUUCAAGGGCAUAUUCCAUCAGAUUUAUACAAAUGCCGGGAGCUCCAAGUUUUAUCACUGUCAUUCAAUGGCUUUAAUGGCGGCAUAUGUAAAGAAAUUGCCAACCUGACUAUGCUCAAGGAGUUAAAUCUUCGUGAAAACAACUUGAAAGGUACUUUACCAGAUGGGAUUGGUAACCUUAAUCUCGAGAGUCUUGAUGUCUAUGGAAACACUUUAACUAGCACCAUUCCGUUCAAAAUAUUCAAUGUGUCAACAAUGAAAAUCCUUAACCUGGGAUUUAAUAACUUUUCUAGCAAUCUUCCUUCGGACAUGGGGUUUUGGCUUCCGAAUCUUGAAGAGUUUUAUCUAAUCAUGAACAAACUCAGCGAAACAAUCCCGAGCUCUAUCUCUAAUGCUUCUAAGCUUACCAUCAUUAGCAUGAGCAUGGACUCAUUCACUGGAACUAUACCCAACACACUUGGUAGUUUAACACUCUUGCGGAAGCUCUUCCUUCAUACAAACAGUUUGAAGGGGGAAACUUCUACUCCAGAGUUGAGAAUUUUCUCUUCUUUAACAAAUUGUAGACAAUUGGAGGUCUUGCGCAUAUCAUUAAAUCCACUAAACGGCAUACUUCCAGUAUCUGUCAGGAAUUUGUCUACUAGACUACAAGUGUUUGAUGCAUUUGGCUGCAAAAUUAGGGGCAAUAUUCCCAGUGGAAUUGGCAAUUUGAGCAACUUGGUAAUCCUACGAUUAGGAAGCAACCAUUUGACUGGACCAAUUCCGAAAUCACUAGAGAGAUUACAAAAUCUCGUACGUUUGCAUCUUCAAAACAAUGGAUUGAAAGGAUCCAUCCCCGAUGACCUCUGUCGGUUAGGGAAAUUGGGAGAUUUGAAUGUGAGUGAUAAUAUGUUGUAUGGACAGAUUCCAACAUGCUUGGGUUAG